AAAGAUCAAAAUAUGAAAAUUAUGGUAUAAAUGCAUAGACACAUAUAUACGUGCCCUAUUAAAAGAGGCAGCGAGAAGAUAAUAUAGGAGGAAGAGGAAGAAGAAGAAGAUGGUGAAGAAGAGAGUUAAUGCAACUGCAAGAAGAUAGUAACUAAUCAGCACCGUCCAUUUUUGUCAUCUAAUUCUUUCUUACUUGGCCGCAACUUCCAACCACAUCACACACUCUUUCUAUUCCCUUAUAUAUUCCCAUCUCAAAAGUUCUUGGAGACACAUAAACAUUAAAAAAAGAAAAAGAAAAAAACUAUAAACAUAAACGCCAAUCGCAACUUUCUUGUCUUUCAAUGGGAGAGAAAGGUUUGAAGCGGUCUGGUGUUGCGGUGGUGGUUGCAUUACUAGCCAUGGUUCAUGUCUCUGUUUCAGUUCCGUUCAUAAUGCUUCAUGGGAUCUCAGCUCAAUGUUCUAAUGCUAGGGAUGCUAACUUCACACAGCUUCUCACUAACCUCUCUGGCUCUCCUGGCUUUUGCUUAGAAAUUGGAAAUGGAGUUGCCGAUUCAUGGUUAAUGCCGCUUACACGACAAGCGGAAAUAGCGUGUGAGAAGGUGAAGCAAAUGAAAGAGUUGAGUCAAGGAUACAACAUUGUUGGAAGAUCUCAGGGGAACCUAGUGGCUCGAGGCUUGAUCGAGUUCUGUGACGGUGGCCCUCCGGUUUACAACUAUAUAUCCUUGGCCGGUCCUCAUGCUGGCAUCUCCUCUGUUCCUAUGUGUGGUUCUGGUUUAUUCUGUAAGUUAGCAGAUGAGCUAAUCAAGGGAGAUAUCUAUAGCGACUUCAUUCAAGAUCAUCUUGCUCCUAGUGGUUAUCUCAAAAUUCCUACUGAUAUGACAAAGUACUUGGGAAGCUCUAAGUAUUUACCUAAGCUUAACAAUGAGAUACCAGACCAAAGAAACCAAACUUACAAAGACCGUUUCACCAGUUUACAUAACUUGGUUCUUAUCAAGUUUCAGGGCGACAAGGUUAUAGUUCCAAAAGAUUCAUCUUGGUUCGGGUUUUAUCCGGAUGGUGAAUUCGAACCUCUUCUCUCUGCUCAACAGACAAAGCUCUAUACAGAGGAUUGGAUCGGUCUGAAAACAUUGGAUGAUGCGGGAAAAGUGAAGUUUGUGAGUGUAGCCGGUGAACAUAUCAGAAUGGUAGAUGAAGAUGUCGUCAAACACGUUGUACCUUAUCUCCAGGACCAACCGUCUUCGGUGCAAAGCUUCAACCGCAAGACGAAGCAGCCCUUGCAUGCUUAAAAAUAGCAAAUACCACAAUAGUUAUACUUAUUCAUGCAAUAUAUGUCGAAAAAGCUUAGUGAUGAUUUUGUAGAAUCCUUAUUCUUAUAGAAAUAUAUACAUACUUAUCUGAAAAAUCGAAUUAAUCAGUAGAGAAACGACUCAUGAGAUCUUCAUCACCACAUUUGUAUCAAGGCUUCAAUGGUUUUCUCAACAUGAGAAACUUCCAAUCUCAUUUUUUUUUGUUUUUGUUGUUGUAGAAGUCUCCCAAAAUGACUCGAAGUUUUUUCCUUUUUGGUUCUUUAGUC